CUGUCUGAAUUGGGUGAGUAAGAGUGUGUAAGACCGAUAACUCAUUGUGGGCGAUUGUGAGGUUGGUAGGUACGGCACGUGUUUCAGCGAAGUCGGGAACUGGCGCGUCCGCGGCCUUACGAUUUGUGAGCAUGGCACGCUCCCGAAUAGUUUCAGCGCCGUACACCUCCCCCCAUGAAACAAACAUCAUCCAUGGGCCCCGGGCCAGGAUAUCCGCACCCGCAACAGCAGGGUAUGCCAGGUGGGCCACGACAAAUGCCCGAUGGCAACAUGAUGCGUCCAGGGCCGAUGCAAGGCGCGCCCAUGAAUAACUUCCAGCCCCAUGGUGUUCCACCGAACAUGGGUAAUCCUGGUAACGCCAUGAGCCCAGGCAUGGUUCCAGGACCAGGUCAUAACAUGAUGAAUCUGGCCAAUGCCAAUGCAGCCUUGGAAGAUAUGACCGCAAAGAUGAAGAACCUAUUAGUAGCGGCUGCUCCCGGUGUUUCUGAGCAAGGUUUUCAUCCUGUGCAAGGUCAACAGCAGUUUGUUGGUCCUCAGAACAAUCGAAUCGGACAGAACUUGGCUCAAGCCAAACCUAUGGGCGGCAUGUCGCCACCUGCGUCACCAGGUCACCCCAAUUUAUCAGAUCUACCACCUAAUUUCAUGUCUUCAGACUUCAUGCAAUCUAUGUCAGCAUUGGUGGACCUAGACCCAUCCAUGUUUCGGGCAGAUUUUGAGCAAGACUUCCGUGAAUGGUUCGAUCCGACACCUUCAGUACCUCCGGCUUCAAAUCCCACGAGCCAACCACAAUCCAAUUUAUCUUCAGACUCCAUGCAAUCUAUAUCAGCAUUGGAGGACCUAGACCCAUCCAUGUUUCGGACACACUUUGAGCAAGACUUCCGUGAAUGGUUCGAUCCAGGGUGUGUGGAACGUCUCAAGUAAACGGUGAAUGGAAGAUAUGAUUUUUUCGGGCUAUGUGUUUGCUUCAUUCCUCUUGCUUUUCGAACAUUCUUACUUCAAUUUUUACGUAUACAUGUUUUUUUUGCGCUGACCCCUUGUUUUCUCUCUUCACACGGAAUCAGGAUGUAUUAUUUAUUGCAGCGAGCAGUGAGAUUUUGGCUCAGUUUAGAUAGCUUAUUUUUGUCGUCGACUUGUUGUGAUAGUUCCAGUUGCUGUUUGUUACCUCGCUCGGUCACCCUCUCUCAUCUAAAUCUUGCUGCAUGUAUAACUAAUCUCAUCAUGACUUCUCGCUCA